AAAAAAAAAAGUGUUUGGUUUGAAAGUAUUCCUAUUUUCUUCUCUAACUCACUGCUUACUGUUAAGACUUCCAGUUUUUAAAAUAGUUAUGAGAUACGGUUUGCUAAGCAAACCCAACUUCCUGCAUAGCUCAGCCAACCUCAAAGAAGUGCGGUGGCUGGCCGACCUGAGUGUUCUGCGUCAGGACUGUGUGGACUGGCUCGCUGGAAAGCAAUCUAAGUUCCUACUGCUUAUUUUGCAUGUGGAGAGCUCUUCCACGAUCUAGCCUUUAGCCAGGGAACGUCUUUCAUUAUGGGAGUAAAAGGAAGCUAAACUAUAAAAUAGUCUUGCUGCGAUGUUCUGGGCUAUCUGAGAUCCAAAGGUCUAAACCGGUUUCAAUAAGAGAGUACGAUAUUCUAACAUCGCAAAAGAAAACAGAUAACCCACCAAGCUCACUUGCAACCGAAGUAUGAAGCCUAAAGAAUUGUUAAAGCAACAUGGAGACAUGAGGACGCCAGCCGUGUAGGAAGCUGGCCUUCCUGAGGGAUGAAGAGGAUCCGCUGGCUCACCCCAAAACCUGCGACCUUUGUGGUCCUUGGGUGCGUAUGGAUUUCCGUGGCGCAGGGUACCAUUCUGAGCAGCUGCCUAACGUCCUGUGUAACUAACUUGGGCAGGCAGCUUGACAGCGGCACCCGGUACAAUCUGAGUGAGGCAUGCAUCCAAGGAUGUCAGUUUUGGAACUCUAUAGAUCAGGAGAAGUGUGCUUUGAAGUGUAAUGAUACAUAUGUCACCAUUUGUGAGAGGGAGUCCUGUGAGGUCGGCUGCAGCAACGCGGAGGGUAGCUACGAAGAGGAAGUGCUGGACAACACAGAGCUUCCUACAGCACCCUUCGCAUCUUCCAUUGGAAGUAACGGGGUGACAUUACGAUGGAACCCUGCCAACAUCUCUGGAGUAAAAUACAUCAUUCAGUGGAAAUAUGCCCAACUUCCGGGAAGCUGGGCUUACACAGAAACUGUGUCUAAGCUCUCAUACAUGGUGGAACCCCUGCAUCCAUUUACUGAAUAUAUUUUUCGAGUGGUUUGGAUUUUCACAGCCCAGCUGCACCUUUAUUCCCCGCCAAGUCCCAGUUACAGGACUCAUCCUUAUGGAGUUCCAGAAACUGCGCCUUUCAUCACGAACAUCGAAAGCUCGAGCCCUGACACUGUGGAGGUCAGCUGGGCUCCACCCUAUUUCCCAGGUGGACCUAUUUUGGGUUAUAAUUUAAGGCUGAUCAGUAAAACUCAAAAAUUAGAUUCAGGGACACAGAGAACCAGUUUCCAGUUUUAUUCUACUCUUCCAAACACCACUUACAGGUUUUCUAUCGCAGCAGUCAAUGAAGUCGGUGAGGGGCCAGAAGCAGAAUCUAUGAUUACCACUCCAUCCCCAGCAGUUCAAGAAGAAGAACAAUGGCUCUUUUUAUCCAGAAAAACUUCUCUAAGAAAGAGGUCUUUGAAGUACUUAGUAGACGAAGCACAUUGCCUUUGGUCAGAUGCUAUACGUCAUAAUAUUACAGGAAUAUCAGUCAACACUCAGCAGGAAGUGGUUUAUUUCUCAGAAGGAACCAUCAUAUGGAUGAAGGGGGCUGCUAACAUGUCUGAUGUGUCUGACCUGAGGAUCUUUUAUCGAGGCUCAGCUCUAGUCUCUUCUAUCUCUGUAGACUGGCUUUACCAAAGGAUGUAUUUCAUCAUGGAUAAUCGGGUGCAUGUCUGUGACUUAAAGCAUUGCUCAAAUCUUGAGGAAAUCACUCCAUUCUCUAUUGUUGCACCUCAAAAAGUUGUGGUUGAUUCCUACAAUGGGUAUGUCUUUUAUCUCCUAAGAGACGGCAUUUAUAGAGUCCAUCUUCCUUUGCCGUCUGUCAGGGACACCAAAGCUGUGCGUAUUGUGGAGAGUGGCACAUUAAAGGACUUCGCAGUAAAGCCGCAGUCCAAGCGAAUCAUUUACUUCAAUGGCACCAUGCAAGUCUUCAUGUCGACAUUUCUGGAUGGCUCGGCAUUCCACAGGGUUCUGCCGUGGGUCCCCCUUGCGGAUGUGAAGAGCUUUGCUUGUGAAAACAAUGACUUCCUCAUCACAGAUGGCAAGGCCAUUUUCCAACAGGACUCUCUGUCUUUCAAUGAGUUCAUCGUGGGAUGUGACCUGAGUCACAUAGAAGAAUUUGGGUUUGGUAACUUGGUCAUCUUUGGCUCCUCCGUCCAGUCGUACCCUCUGCCAGGCCAUCCACAGGAGGUCUCGGUGCUGUUUGGUUCUCGAGAGGCCCUUAUUCAGUGGAAGCCUCCGAUUCUCGCCAUAGGAGCCAGUCCUUCCGCCUGGCAGAACUGGACUUAUGAGGUCAAAGUUUCCUCCCAGGACAUUCUGGAAACCACUCAAGUUUUCUUGAACAUAAGCAGGACUGUGCUGAAUGUACCCAAGCUGCAAAGUUCUACAAAGUACAUGGUGUCUGUGCGAGCAAGUUCUCCUAAAGGCCCAGGCCCAUGGUCAGAACCCUCAGUGGGUACUACCUUGGUACCAGCCACUGAGCCACCGUUCAUCAUGGCUGUGAAAGAAGAUGGGCUUUGGAGCAAACCACUCAGUAGUUUUGGCCCAGGAGAGUUCCUAUCCUCUGACGUAGGAAACGUGUCAGAUAUGGAUUGGUAUAACAACAGCCUCUACUACAGUGACACAAAAGGCAAUGUGUAUGUGCGGCCUCUGAAUGGGAUGGAUAUCUCGGAGAAUUACCACAUAUCCAGCAUUGCAGGAGCUUGUGCCUUGGCCUUUGAAUGGCUGGGUCACUUUCUCUACUGGGCUGGGAAGACAUAUGUGAUUCAAAGGCAGUCUGUGUUAACGGGACACACAGACAUUGUGACUCACGUGAAGCUGUUGGUGAAUGACAUGGCCGUGGAUCCAGUUGGUGGCUAUCUGUACUGGACGACGCUCUACUCGGUUGAAAGCACCAGACUCAAUGGAGAAAGUUCUCUUGUACUACAGGCUCAGCCCUGGCUCUCUGGAAAAAAGGUUAUUGCUCUAACAUUAGACCUCAGCGAUGGGCUCCUGUACUGGCUGGUGCAGGACAAUCAGUGUAUUCACCUGUACACGGCUGUUCUCCGGGGAUGGAGUGGUGCGGAUGCUACCAUCACCGAGUUUGCAGCCUGGAGUACUUCUGAAAUUUCCCAGAAUGCACUGAUGUACUACAGCGGUAGACUCUUCUGGAUCAAUGGCUUUAGGAUCAUCACAGCACAGGAAAUAGGUCAGAGAACCAGCGUGUCUGUUUCUGAGCCAGGGAAAUUCAAUCAGUUUACGAUCAUACAGACAUCCCUCAAGCCUCUGCCAGGGAACUUUUCCUCUACUCCCACGGUUAUCCCAGAUUCUGUUCAGGAGUCCUCAUUUCGAAUUGAAGGACACACUUCAAGUUUCCGAAUCCUGUGGAAUGAGCCCCCUGCGGUGGACUGGGGCAUAGUUUUCUACAGUGUGGAAUUUAGUGCUCAUUCUAAGUUCCUGGCUAUUGAACAACAGUCUUUACCUGUUUUUACUGUGGAAGGACUGGAGCCCUAUGCCUUAUUUAAUCUUUCUGUCACUCCUUAUACCUAUUGGGGAAAAGGUCAAAAAACAUCUCUAUCAUUUCGAGCGCCUGAAUCAGUUCCGUCAGCACCAGAGAACCCCAGAAUAUUUAUAUUGUCACUUGGAAGAUACACCAGGAAGAAUGAAGUCGUGGUAGAGUUUAGGUGGAAUAAACCUAAGCAUGAAAAUGGAGUGCUAACCAAAUCUGAAAUCUUCUACCACAUAUCUAAACAAAGUGGCACAAAUAAAUCAACGGAAGACUGGGUAUCUGUCAGCGUUACACCGCCGGUGAUGUCUUUUCAACUUGAAGCCAUGAGUCCUGGGUAUAUUGUUUCCUUCCAGGUUCGAGUCUUCACCUCCAAAGGGCCAGGACCAUUUUCUGAUAUAGUGAUGUCUAAAACAUCAGAAAUCAAGCCAUGUCCAUAUCUCAUAUCUCUUCUUGGCAAUAAGAUUGAGUUCUUAGACAUGGACCAAAAUCAAGUUGUGUGGACAUUUUCCCUGGAGGGAGCCGUCAGCACAGUGGGGUACACAGCGGAUGAUGAAAUGGGGUAUUUCGCUCAAGGAGAUGCACUCUUCCUUCUGAAUUUGCACAAUCAUUCCAGCUCCAAGCUUUUCCAGGACGUGCUGGCUUCUGACAUUGCGGUUAUUGCUGUUGACUGGAUCGCAAGGCACCUCUACUUUGCUCUGAAAGCAUCGCAAGAUGGAACACAGAUAUUCGAUGUUGACCUUGAACACAAGGUGAAAUCCCCCAGGGAGGUGAAGAUUUGCAAAAGCCAUACAGCAAUAAUUUCUUUCUCUAUGUAUCCCCUCUUAAGUCGCCUGUAUUGGACAGAAGUUUCAGAUCUGGGCUACCAGAUGUUCUACUGCAAUAUUAGCAGUCACACCUUGCAUCACGUUCUACAACCCAAGGCCUCAAACCAGCAUGGAAGGAGACAGUGUUCUUGUAAUGUGACAGAAUCCGAGUUAAGUGGGGCAAUGACUGUGGACACCUCUGAUCCAGACAGACCUUGGAUAUACUUUACCAAACAGCAAGAGAUCUGGGCCAUGGAUCUGGAAGGAUGUCAGUGUUGGAAAGUCAUCAUGGUACCUGCUACCCCUGCAGGAAAAAGAAUCAUUAGUUUAACAGUGGAUGGGGAGUUUAUAUAUUGGAUCACAACAAUGAAGGACGACACAGAAAUUUAUCAAGCAAAGAAGGGAAGUGGGGCCAUCCUCUCCCAGGUGAAGGCCCCCAGGAGUAAGCAUAUCUUGGCUUACAGUUCAGCUCUGCAACCUUUUCCAGAUAAAGCAUAUCUGUCUGUAGCUUCCAAUAUGGUAGAAGCAAGUAUAUUGAAUGCCACCAACACCAGCCUCAUUCUCAAGUUACCUCCAGUCAAGACAAACCUCACGUGGCAUGGAAUUACCACUCCCACGUCAACAUACCUGGUUUACUAUAUGGAGGCUAAUAGGGCAAACAGCUCUGACAGGAAACACAACAUGUUGGAAUCACAGGAGAAUGUAGCCCGGAUUGAAGGUCUGCAGCCAUUUUCAACAUACGUGAUUCAGAUAGCUGUGAAGAACUAUUAUUCUGAUCCUUUAGAACAUCUCUCUCUGGGAAAAGAGAUUCAAGGAAAAACUAAAAGUGGAGUGCCCGGGGCAGUUUGUCAUAUCAAUGCAACUGUGCUGUCGGACACCAGUCUUCUUGUAUUCUGGACAGAAUCGCAUAAACCAAACGGACCCAAAGAGUUAGUCCGCUAUCAGUUGGUUAUGUCAUACCUGGCUCCGAUUCCUGAGACUCCUCUAAGACAGGACGAAUUUCCAAGCGCCAGGCUUUCUCUACUUGUCACUAAACUCUCUGGUGGACAACAAUAUGUGCUGAAGAUCCUUGCCUGCCACUCAGAGGAAAUGUGGUGUACUGAGAGUCAUCCUGUCAGUGUCAACAUGUUUGACACACCGGAGAAACCUUCUGCCUUGGUUCCAGAGAACACUAGUCUGCUGUUGGAUUGGAAGGCUCCGUCUAACGCUAACCUCACCAGAUUUUGGUUUGAACUCCAGAAGUGGAAGUAUAGUGAGUUUUACCAUGUCAAGGCUUCAUGCAGCCAAGGUCCAGUUUAUGUCUGUAACAUCGCAAAUCUGCAGCCUUACACUCCUUAUAACAUCCGAGUGGUGGUGGUCUAUACGACAGGAGAAAAUAGCUCCUCGAUUCCCGAGAGCUUCAAGACAAAAGCUGGAGUCCCAAGCAAACCAGGGAUUCCUAAGUUACUAGAAGGGAGUAAAAAUUCAAUCCAGUGGGAAAAAGCCGAAGAUAACGGGAACAGAUUGAUGUACUACACCCUGGAGGUCAGAAAAAGCAUUUCAAAUGACUCACGGGACCAGAGUUUAAGGUGGACGGCGGUGUUUAAUGGGUCCUGCAGUAGCAUUUGCACAUGGAGGUCAAAAAACCUAAAAGGAACUUUCCAGUUCAGAGCAGUAGCGUCAAAUGCUAUUGGAUUUGGAGAAUACAGUGAAAUCAGUGAAGAUAUUACAUUAGUGGAAGAUGGUUUUUGGAUAACAGAAACAAGUUUUAUACUUACUAUCAUAGUUGGGAUAUUUCUGGUUGCCACAGUCCCACUGACCUUUGUCUGGCAUAGAAGCUUGAAAAACCACAAAGCUACCAAGGAAGGCCUCUCAGUUCUCAACGACAAUGACCAAGAGUUGGCUGAGCUUCGAGGACUGGCGGCUGGAGUGGGCCUGGCCAAUGCCUGCUAUGCAGUACAUACUCUUCCAACCCAAGAGGAGAUUGAAAGUCUUCCCGCCUUCCCUCGGGAGAAGCUGAGCCUGCGCCUUCUGUUGGGAAGUGGAGCUUUUGGAGAAGUGUACGAGGGCACAGCUGUAGACAUCCUAGGACGGGGAAGUGGAGAAAUCAAGGUGGCCGUGAAGACCCUGAAGAAAGGUUCGACAGACCAGGAGAAGAUCGAGUUCCUGAAGGAGGCACACCUGAUGAGCAAGUUUAAUCACCCCAACAUUCUGAAGCAGCUGGGAGUCUGUCUGCUGAGUGAACCCCAGUACAUUAUCCUGGAACUGAUGGAAGGGGGAGACCUUCUAAGCUAUCUGCGCAAAGCCCGAGGGACAACGUUGUCUGGCCCUUUACUCACAUUGGCUGACCUGGUAGAGCUGUGUGUAGAUAUUUCAAAAGGCUGCGUCUACUUGGAGCAGAUGCACUUCAUUCACAGGGAUCUGGCAGCUCGGAAUUGCCUUGUGUCUGUGAAAGACUAUACCAGUCCUCGGGUAGUCAAGAUCGGUGACUUUGGUUUGGCAAGGGAAAUCUAUAAGCAUGAUUAUUAUAGAAAGAGAGGGGAAGGCCUGCUUCCUGUCCGGUGGAUGGCUCCUGAAAACUUGAUGGAUGGAAUCUUCACUUCCCAGUCUGAUGUAUGGUCUUUUGGAAUUUUGGUUUGGGAGAUUUUAACUCUUGGUCAUCAACCUUAUCCAGCGCAUUCCAACCUUGAUGUUUUAAACUAUGUGCAAGCAGGAGGGAGACUGGAGCCACCGAGAAACUGUCCUGAUGAUCUGUGGAAUUUAAUGUUCCGAUGUUGGGCCCAAGAACCUGACCAAAGACCCACUUUCUAUAACAUUCAAGACCAGCUUCAGUUAUUCAGAAAUGUUUCCUUAAACAAUGUUUCUCACUGUGGACAAGCAGCUCCUGCUGGUGGAGUCAUCAACAAAGGCUUUGAAGGUGAAGACAAUGAAAUGGCCACUUUGAAUUCAGAUGACACGAUGCCAGUUGCCUUGAUGGAAACCAGGAACCAAGAAGGAUUAAAUUAUAUGGUACUUGCCACAAAGUGUAGCCAAAGUGAGGAUCGUUAUGAGGGUCCUCUAGGCUCUAAGGAAUCUGGGUUGCAUGAUCUGAAGAAAGACGAGAGGCAACCAGCAGACAAAGAUUUCUGCCAGCAACCACAGGUGGCUUAUGGCUCUCCUGGCCACUCUGAAGGCCUGAACUAUGCCUGUCUUGCUCACAGUGGACAUGGAGAUGUGUCUGAAUAAUAGUAUCUCAUAGGAAACAUAGCACUGAGAUGAACACUGUAUUAAGUUAAAAAGAAGAAAGGUGGGGUGGCAGUCUAGACUCUGAACUGACACAGCCAAGUUCCAAAGUUCUGAUCUUGGUUCCAAGAGCCAUUAUGUUUCAUUCAGCAUUCUCUUUACCAGUGACGUAACCUUCAGUGGAUUAUCAGAGGAACCUGUGUGUGUGCGGAAAUCCCAGGACAAAUCCUAAGUCUGGGAAGAAAACAUCACUGUCUCUCUCCUCUGAAGCCCUUUACUUCAGAGCAUUGCCUGCCCUGGCAAUCUUACUAGGUUCAUGCAAGGAUGUGAGUGGGGGAGGGGCCGGAGUCUGCUGAGGACCACCUGAACUACAGAUUACCUUAAGAGGAUGCAGGAAACAAUUACUCACACAGGAGGAAGCAGCCUGUGGACCAUGAGGAAUCAUCUGGCACGCUAUUAUUCCAAUAAAAUAUUCCCUUUAAUCAUCA